GAGGGCACGCUGAAAUACAUCAUGCUCAUCAAGUCGGGGGAGAAGAUCCUCCCAGGCUCCAAGAGGCUGGAGAGUCUUCUGGGCACCGGCAACCCUGACCUGCUGGACUUUAUCCAGCGUCGCCUACAUUUGGACUCAACAAAGAGUAUGACUCCAGGUCAGGCUCUCAAGCAUGCCUCGAUGAAGAAGACUUUGCUUGGAUGCAUGUCCCUAUCCCCAGGAAACCCACCAAAAACUGUUAUGCUGAAGACCCUGGCUGCAGGAACCACACAGCAUCUGAAACCAGACGCAGCUACUGGUAGCCAGCCACAGACCAUGGACCAGGGGGAAAUGAACAAACUGGGGAAGCAUGGAAGGAUCCUGAGACCCCUGACUUCAGAGCUCGACCCCCUGCUCCCUCCCAUUGGUGCGACUGGACCGGCUCCUCCACCAAGAGGCAAGAGGUCAACUGCUAUCACAGAUGUCGGUGCAGUCAAGAGGGACGCAGGAGCAACAAGACCUGCUCGCCAAGCGCAAUGCUCCCUGCUCCCUCCCUUUGGAGCGACUCCAACAAGUGGGAAGAGGUCAACUGCUUUCACAGAUGGUGGGGCAGCCAAAAGCGUAGCAGUUACAUCCAGACCUGCCCGCCAAGCGCAAUACCCCCUGCUCCCUCCCAUUGGCGUUGCUGGACCGCCUCCUCCACCAAGCUGCAAGAGGGCAACUGUUACCAAAGAUGGUGGGGCAGCAAAGAGGGUCGCAGGGACAUCCAGACCAGCUGGCCAAACAGGAUGCUCUCGGGUUCCUCCCAUUCGUGCCACUGCACCGGCUGCUCCACCAAGAGGCAAGAGGACAACUGUUGCCACACAUGGUUUGGCAGCCAGAUGCAUCAGCAGUCAGAUGCAUCUGAAACCAGUCAAGGGCACUGGCAGCCAGUCUAAGACAAUGGAUCAGGGGGCAACGGCCAAACUGAGGAAACAUGGAAGGACCCUGAGACCCCUGACUUUAGAGACCUACUCCAAGGUCCUUCCCAUUGGUGCGGCGUCACCGGCUGCCCCAUCUAGAGGCCAGAGGGCUAUUGCUACAACAGAUGGUGGUGCAGCCAUGAGUGACGAAGGAAAAUCUAGACCAGCCGAUCGACGGUAUUCCCCCUUGUCCCACCCAUUGGUCCAGCUGCCCCAGCUCCUUUCCCAAGAAGCGAGGGGGCAACUGUUACCGCAGAUGGUGGUGCAGCCACGAGGGACACAGCGACAUCCAGACCUGCUGGCCAAGCGGGAUGCCCCCAAGUCCGUCCCAUUGACAACGCUGCCUCGGCUCCUCCACCAAGAGGCGAGGAGGGCAUGCUGAAAUAUAUCAUGCUCAUCAACUCGGGGGAGAAGAUCCUUCCAGGCUCCAAGAGGCUGGAGAGUCUUCUGGGCACCGGCAACCCUGACCUGCUGGACUUUAUCCAGCGUCGCCUACAUUUGGACUCAACAAAGAGUAUGACUCCAGGUCAGGCUCUCAAGCAUGCCUCGAUGAAGAAGACUUCGCUUGGAUGCAUGUCCCUAUCCCCAGGAAACCCACCAAAAACUGUUAUGCUGAAGACCCUGGCUGCAACAACCACACAGCAUCUGAAACCAGACGAGGCCACUGGCAGCCAGCCGCAGACCAUGGAUCAGGGGGAAAUGGCCAAACUGGGGAAACAUGGAAGGAUCCUGAGACCCCUGACUUCAGAGCUCAACCCCCUGCUCCCUCCCAUUGGUGCGCCUGGACCGGCUCCUCCACCAAGAGGCAAGAGGUCAACUGCUAUCACAGAUGUCGGUGCAGUCAAGAGGGACGCAGGAGCAACAAGACCUGCUCGCCAAGCGCAAUGCUCCCUGCUCCCUCCCUUUGGGGCGACUCCACCGGCUCCUCCACCAAGAGGCAAGAGGUCAACUGCUUCCACAGAUGGUGGGGUAGCCAAAAGCGUAGCAGUUACAACCAGACCUGCCUGCCGAGCACAAUACCCCCUGCUCCCUCCCAUUGGCGCUGCUGGACCGGCUCCUCCACCAAGCUGCAAGAGGGCAACUGUUACCAAAGAUGGUGGGGCAGCAAAGAGGGUCGCAGGGACAUCCAGACCAGCUGGCCAAACAGGAUGCUCUCGGAUUCCUCCCAUUCGUGCCACUGCACCGGCUGCUCCACCAAGAGGCAAGAGGACAACUGUUGCCACACAUGGUUUGGCAGACAGAUGCAUCAGCAGUCAGAUGCAUCUGAAACCAGUCAAGGGCACUGGCAGCCAGUCUAAGACAAUGGAUCAGGGGGCAACGGCCAAACUGAGGAAACAUGGAAGGACCCUGAGACCCCUGACUUUAGAGACCUACUCCAAGGUCCUUCCCAUUGGUGCGGCGUCACCGGCUGCCCCAUCUAGAGGCCAGAGGGCUAUUGCUACAACAGAUGGUGGUGCAGCCAUGAGUGACGAAGGAAAAUCUAGACCAGCCGAUCGACGGUAUUCCCCCUUGUCCCACCCAUUGGUCCAGCUGCCCCAGCUCCUUUCCCAAGAAGCGAGGGGGCAACUGUUACCGCAGAUGGUGGUGCAGCCACGAGGGACACAGCGACAUCCAGACCUGCUGGCCAAGCGGGAUGCCCCCAAGUCCGUCCCAUUGACAACGCUGCCUCGGCUCCUCCACCAAGAGGCGAGGAGGGCAUGCUGAAAUAUAUCAUGCUCAUCAACUCGGGGGAGAAGAUCCUUCCAGGCUCCAAGAGGCUGGAGAGUCUUCUGGGCACCGGCAACCCUGACCUGCUGGACUUUAUCCAGCGUCGCCUACAUUUGGACUCAACAAAGAGUAUGACUCCAGGUCAGGCUCUCAAGCAUGCCUCGAUGAAGAAGACUUCGCUUGGAUGCAUGUCCCUAUCCCCAGGAAACCCACCAAAAACUGUUAUGCUGAAGACCCUGGCUGCAACAACCACACAGCAUCUGAAACCAGACGAGGCCACUGGCAGCCAGCCGCAGACCAUGGAUCAGGGGGAAAUGGCCAAACUGGGGAAACAUGGAAGGAUCCUGAGACCCCUGACUUCAGAGCUCAACCCCCUGCUCCCUCCCAUUGGUGCGCCUGGACCGGCUCCUCCACCAAGAGGCAAGAGGUCAACUGCUAUCACAGAUGUCGGUGCAGUCAAGAGGGACGCAGGAGCAACAAGACCUGCUCGCCAAGCGCAAUGCUCCCUGCUCCCUCCCUUUGGGGCGACUCCACCGGCUCCUCCACCAAGAGGCAAGAGGUCAACUGCUUCCACAGAUGGUGGGGUAGCCAAAAGCGUAGCAGUUACAACCAGACCUGCCUGCCGAGCACAAUACCCCCUGCUCCCUCCCAUUGGCGCUGCUGGACCGGCUCCUCCACCAAGCUGCAAGAGGGCAACUGUUACCAAAGAUGGUGGGGCAGCAAAGAGGGUCGCAGGGACAUCCAGACCAGCUGGCCAAACAGGAUGCUCUCGGAUUCCUCCCAUUCGUGCCACUGCACCGGCUGCUCCACCAAGAGGCAAGAGGACAACUGUUGCCACACAUGGUUUGGCAGACAGAUGCAUCAGCAGUCAGAUGCAUCUGAAACCAGACAAGGCCACUGGCAGCCAGCCUAAGACAAUGGAUCAGGGGGCAACGGCCAAACUGAGGAUACUUGGAAGGACCAUGAGACCCCUGACUUUAGAGACCUACUCCAAGGUCCUUCCCAUUGGUGCGGUGUCACGGGCUCCCCCAUCAAGAGGCCAGAGGGCUAUUGCUACAACAGAUGGUGGUGCAGCCAUGAGUGAUGAAAGAACAUCUAGACCAGCCGAUCGACGGUAUUCCCCCUUGUCCCACCCAUUGGUCCAGCUGCUCCAGCUCCUUUCCCAAGAAGCGAGGGGGCAACUGGUGCCAUAGAUGGUGGUGCAGCCAAGAGGGACGCAGGGACAUCACACCUGCUGGCCAAGCGAGAUGCCCCCAAGUCCUUCCCAUUGCCGCCCCUUCAUCGGCUCCUCCACCAAGAGGCAAGAGGUCAACUGUUACCACAGACGGUGGAGCAGCCAGCUUACUUGUGAUCUUAACAAAAACAAACAAUGUUAAUCCAACAAUUUGAAAUCAAUAGUGUUAAAUCAGUGUGAUGCUGUAUCAUGUGCAGAUGAGGAGGGCAUGCUGAAAUAUAUCAUGCUCAUCAAGUCGGGGGGGAAGAUCCUUCCAGGCUCCAAGAGGCUGGAGAGUCUUCUGGGCACCGGCAGUGAAACCCUCCGGAUAACCCGACAGUUUGGACUCAACAAAGAGUAUGACUCCAGGUCAGGCUCUCAAGCAUGCCUCGAUGAAGAAGACUUCGCUUGGAUGCAUGUCCCUAUCCCCAGGAAACCCACCAAAAACUGUUAUGCUGAAGACCCUGGCUGCAGGAACCACACAGCAUCUGAAACCAGACGCAGCUACUGGUAGCCAGCUAAUAGCGACGAAGGGACAUCCAGACCAAAUGGCCAAGCGGGAUGCUUCCGAGUCCCUCCCAUUGGUGCGGCAUCACCGGCUAUUCCACCAAGAGGCAAGAGGUCAACCAGUAACAUAGAUGAUGGUUCAGUCAACAACGACGCCGGGACAUCCAGACCUCAGUGUCGUGGGAAGGGGGGUGCUAAGGAGGUUGCAGCCUCCCUCGUCACUGCAUCAGCUCCCCCUGGUGGGGGGUGCGGAUGAUGCAUUACUUUUUUGUACUUUUUAAUACUUUUCUACUUACUUACUUUUGUACUUAAAUAGCCCCAACCCCUGGUGGGGGGCUAUGGACUCCUUAACUUUUUUUACUUUUUUACUUAAAAAAUCGACUAAAAUAAUAAAUAAA